AUGGCGAAAACGAAGAAGACUCCUACCACCGAAGCCCCUCCUCCGACCGUACAUUCUUUCGAGCCUCCUACGGAAGCUCCCGAUCCAGAUAGACCAGCAAGUCAACAUCAUCAUCACGACCAUGAACACCACCAUCAUCAUUCGCAUUAUGCCAGAUUGGUAGAUUCAGAAGGAAACGUCAAAGAAACCAAAACCGAGAUAGUAGAGAUAAAAGAAGUCAAAGAGAUUCCUGCGGAUCCGAUUGAUCAAGAGGAAGAAGAGAAGGCUCCUUCAAAUGCAAGUGCGAAAUCUAAAAGUGUUAAAGCCCCUACAGCUCCACCGACUGCCAAACCACCUUCAUCCAAACCGCCAACGGUGAAACCACCUUCUAAUAAUAAAUCUCCUACGGCCAAAGCGCCCUCGACAAAAGCACCAACAGUGAAACCACCCUCAGUGAAAGAACUACCUCCGCCAGCCUCUCCAGCUCCUUCUCACAAAUCAGCCAAAUCAUCCCAUUCACACCAUCAUCAACCUCCCGUCAUCGUGAACGUUACCAUCCCUCAGGCCGCUCUUGCUCCGCCUGCCGCGCCUAUUAUAAUCCCUCAGCCUACUCCCGCCGAGAUAGUCGAACAGGAAGAAGUGGUAAUUGACGAACCAGUCACAUCUACACCACUCGUCGUCCCUACUACACCUAUCAAACCUCCUACAAUCAUCCCACCGAGUCCUAAACCAUCCUCAAUUAAAUCAGUCAAAUCGAAAGCCAGAUCCAUCGCCCCUGCACCGACAGUAGUCGAGGAAGCUGAAGAACCACCAUUAGAAGAGGAAGUGACAGAAGAAACUAAAGUGGUAACUACAACUACUACGACAACAACAAAGAAAAGACCUCCUUCACCACCCAAAACUCCUAAAGUCAUAUCGACGGAUAAUCCAUUCGUUGAAAAUAUCGAUGAACCGCCUCCACCACCAAAAUCAACAAAAGCUAAAUCUGUCGCUCCUCCUCCUCCUUCUACUGCUGCUGCCAAAUCAAUCAAAUCUAAACCUAAGACUUUACCUCCUCCUUCACCUGUACCUGACAUUCACUCUAUAGCGGCCACACCCGUACCUCCCACCCCGAUGAAAUUACCUUCUUUAUUCAAAUCUUCUCCGGGAGGAUCCGGUGGAUCCGGUAAGAAGAAACCUACGAAGAUUAUCGAAACUACCACUGUCGAGAAGAUAAUUGUUCCUGUGGAUUCCGAUGAAGAGGUCGAAGAGGUCAUAAUGGAAGAAGAGGUAGAUACGGCCGCUACAACCGUUGGGAACGCUACGACGAAAGGAAUAGGCGGUGCUAGAAGUAAUGCAUUGACUGCUACACCCGGUAGGAGGAGUGGUACUAAAGCUGGUUUGAGACCUAUCCCAAUGGUCGAUUAUCAAGCUUUGAUUCAAUCUACACCACCUCCAUCUAUAAAAAAGACUCUCCCCUCUCUGCCUCCUCCCGGUACGGUCGCUGGUCCAAAGACAAUUGUCACUUACUCGGCUCAACUGGAUAGAGACUCGCAAGGUAACGAACAUCUUCAUGCUAGGAUGAGAGAUCAUACUGGAGUUAUCAAAGGUCCAUCCCCGACUAUUCCUCCUGGUUCUAUUCAUUCUCCACCACCACCGCCUACGAUGCCUGCACCAAGUAUCGCUCCUCAACCUCAAGGUCCCAAGACGAUCGUCACGUACUCUGCUCAGUUAGAUCGAGACUCUCAAGGUAACGAACAUCUACACGGAAGAUUGAGGGAUCAUACAGGUGUACAAGCACCACCAGCAGCUCCUACGAUGGCUGCACCGACCGCAUAUACCCAAACGACCUAUGUACCAGCAGCUACCACGUAUAUACCUGCUCCUACGACUGUCGCACCUCCCCCUGCGCCUACUUUACCUACAGAUACGCCUGCUCCAGUACCUGAAGGACCCAAAACCAUCGUUACACUCUCUGCUCAACUUGAUCGAGAUUCAAAGGGCAACGAACAUCUGCAUGCUAGAAUGAGGGAUCAUACGGGAGUAACCAAAGGUUUGGAAUUAGAUACGGGAGAAGGCUUACCUUUGGAGACCGAGAAGGAACGUAAGAAAAGAGAGAAAAAGGAAAAGAAAUUAGCUGAAAAAUUAGCUGCUAAAGAGGCUUCGAAAGGAUUGGAAGGUAACCCGUAUAAACCUAUCGGAGGGGGUGUACCUCCCCCUAAAUCUGAAAGAUAUGCAUAUCCACCUGCACCGACCGUCAUUGAACAAGCGGCGAAAGAAAGAUUCCAAAAUAGAUUUAACGGUGGUGGGGGUGGUGUACAACCUCCUGGUAUGGGCAUGGGCAUGGGCAUGGGCAUGGGAGGUAUGGGACCACCUUACCCACCAAUUCAACCCGCUUUAUAUCCAAGACCUCCACCGCUAGUCGCAACACGUCCACCAAUGUUCGGUCCACCCAUGAUGGGAAUGGGGAUGGGAGGUAUGGGAAUGGGAAUGGGAGGUAUGGGAAUGGGGAUGGGUAUGCCAAUGAUGGGUAUGGGAAUGCCAAUGGGAAUGUCAAUGCCCAUGGCCAUUCCCAUACCUGGUGUGGUACCCGGUCAACCAGGUAUGGGAUUGUAUGAUUCCUUACCUGGAAGGUUCGGGAGAGAUAUGUUGGGAAGAGAUUUUGCUGGACCUGGUGGAGUUGGUUCAAGUCAACCAUAUCGACCACCUGAUCCAUCCGCUUUACCGCCCAUGCCAUUCGGAUUGCCCUUCAUAGCUAGACCGGGCCAAGAAGGUUUUGAUCAGUAUGGAAGGAUGUUACCACCCGAUUUACCUGAAGGAUGGGACGGUUGGGGACGUCCCUUAGUUUCUACCAAUCCUGCACCGAACGCUCCUCCAGGUGGACCAGGUGGACCUCUCCCACCUCCCGCACCAGCAGCAGCCCAAGCAGCGGGUGUACCUCCUCAACCUACCGCCACUCAAAUCCAACAAAUGCCUUUUAGCUCUUCUUACGGUACAUCCUCAAUGACAGGGACGGGAAGUAGAUCAAUGUCAAGUACGUUGAGUUCGAAUGGGACGGGUAGACCUGAUCAACCACCAUGUUUCGAUCGACCACCCGCGAAAUCAGAUUCGUAUUUCCGAUAUGACGCCUUUCAACCUUUCUCAUUACCUUGUUCGAGCUUGGAUUAUCCACAUCAAUUGCAUUUACCACCCGAGUUGGUCAGUCAUGAUGUCAAUGAAGAAGAUUGGUCAAGGUUCAUCGAUGAUCUCUCUCAAGAAGCACUGACCAACGCUCGACAUCCUCUCCAUCUUCACGCUCGUGGUGGAAGAGGUAUGGGUCCCGAACCCGUUCUGUCCGAGGCAGUCCAUUCUCUGUUAGCUUCUUGGGCUGUGGCAUUUUUCUCCCCUAGAGGAAUCAAAAUCUAUGCAGCAUCAGAAGAAUCAAACGAACGUAUCCUCCCUCCUCCUAUCGAACCUCCACCUCUCAAGAGGGGAUAUUCUCACGCAGACGAAUGGUCAGAUGAAGAAUAUUCUUCAAAUGAUGAAUACAAUUUCCAUGAUUUAUCUGAAGAUGAGGAAGAACGAUAUCAACGAAAGAAGGAUAUGUAUUUACCUAGGAUCGAAAGACAAUGGCGUAAAGAUGAGAGAUUAAUCAAAAGACGAAGAGAGAAAAGAAGAAGAUUCAGAGAGGGUGAAUUGAGAUUAAGUAGGGUGGUAGGUAAUUGGGAGAUUCAUUUCAUUUGUUCGACACCGACUAUUUGGCAGCAGGGUGCUAGACCUAGAGGAUAUGGAGAACCUGUUAUAAGGCUGAGGAGGUAA